AUGGCGGCUCGCAGCAUAUACUCGCUCUUCCUUACGGUUCUCCUUGCCGUGUUGUGCUUUGCGGAGACGCCGGCCGAGGUGUACGACGACGGGACCAACAAGAACGCACCUGUCCUCUUGAACAUUGGCACCGGAGGCGCAGGGCAAAGCGGUCUGGUCAAAGAGCUUGCCCAAGCGUUCAUCAAGUUUAGCACUGGGAAGGGCAAGAGUCCUUUCCGGGUCGCCUGGUACAAGAGCGACACGACAUAUACGAUUCAGAACCUCGAGACCGGCGCAGUCGAUGUUGGGAUAACUUACAAUAUCGCAGCCGAAGAAAUUGCCAUCAAGCAAGGCAUCGCUAAAGACCCAGCCUAUUACGCCUUCCGCGAUCAUUUCCUCUUGGUCGGACCCAUGUCCAAUCCCGCCAACAUCGAUGGGUCAUUGAAUAUUACGGAUAUAUUUUCCCAGCUUCAUGAAGCUGCCGAGGACCCCGCAAAUAAUGGCACCGUAAGGUUUCUGAGCCGAUACGACAAGUCCGCUACGAAUAUCAAGGAAUCGGAGCUCUGGGCUCGCAUCGGACAGGUGCCGUGGGCGACGGCAUACUCGACCUGGUAUCAUCAGUAUAUUUCCUUUCCCAUCCAGGCCCUCACUGCGGCGAUUCUCCUGGACGAAUAUACCAUCUCCGACCGCGGUACGCUCCUAUCCCUUGACCCCGAGCUGGCCAACCAGACCACAGUGUAUAAGAUGGCCACGGAUGACGCACACGAUGACCUCUUGAAUCCGGCCCAUCUACUAGUUGGGGCCAAGGCAGUAAAUGGCCAGGAAGCACAAGACUUUGCCGAUUGGGUGGUGUCGAGUGACGGGCAGUCAGUAAUCAGUGGGUUCAAGAAGAACGGGCAACAGCUGUACAGUCCGGCGCCGUAA